AUGGACACUACGGAGGGCUCGGAGAAAGGAGCCAGCGAAUGCGCACACUGCCUCCUCCUGCUCCCUGCAGCCUCCAGCGGCCAGACACGGCGUGGGGGCGCUGACACCGGGUACCAGUGCUCGGCUCAGCCCUACUCCUUCCCUCCAGGGCGUGACUCUCUCCCAGUUCCUCCUUUCCACUUCCCUUCUCCCUGCCCCAGGCUUGGGUUGCUUUUCUCUGGCCUGGGCUCACUUCUGCUGCGCUCUUUGUGCAGAUCCACAAGCUUCUGGAGACCGUGGGUUGACCUCGGAGGUGAGAAAAAGGAGGAGGUGCAACAAAACGCCGCGGAGGCGCUGCCCGGUAGCCUUGGAAUGACCGAAGCUUCAGGAAAGCUUUCCCAAUACAGACACCCAGUGAGACUAUUUUGGCCCAAAUCAAAGUGUUAUGAUUAUUUAUACCAAGAAGCAGAAGUCCUUCUGAAAAAUUUUCCAGUUCAAGCCACCAUUUCAUUUUAUGAAGAUUCUGAUAGUGAAGAUGAGAUUGGGGAACUGACCUAUGAUUUAGAGAAUUAA